AAAUUUUUAGGUCGGAGGUUAUGCUUCGAUUGUAUGUACCAUAGAAGAAUCUCUGCGAAGAUUGAAGAACGCAUCAUUAAAAAUGAAAUUGUAUUGUUUAUCGAGCGAACCAACGAAACCAUGCUUGGUUUUAAGUUUCAAGGGGAUCACUUUGAUGUUGGAUUGUGGUUUAAAUAUGCAGUCCAUACUGCAUUUCAUGCCGAUGCCUAUGGUGCCCAGUGCAAAAUUUAACUCUUUACCAUUGUGGCUACCGCGAGACAAUCAUCAAGACUGGCAAAUAGAAGGAGAACUGAAAGAAUGCUGUGGCAGAGUAUUUGUAGAUUCAACGCCAGAAUUCUCACCGCCUCUUGAAAAGAUAAUCGAUUUCUCAGAAAUCGACGCAAUUUUAAUAUCAAACUACACUUGCAUGUUGGCCCUACCGUUUAUAACAGAAGACACUGGUUUCAAAGGCAUCAUUUAUGCCACCGAACCAACGUUACAAAUAGGACGAUUCUUUAUGGAAGAAUUAGUAGAAUUUAUCGAGCAAACUCCUAAAGCGACGUUGGCUAAGCAUUGGAAAGAAAUGCUUCAUGUACUACCUCCACCGUUGGCCGAUGCUCUCAAGCCAAAGUCGUGGAAACAUAUAUAUUCAAUGUCGGUGGUUAAUAACGCUUUAUCGUACAUCCAGACGGUCGGCUACGAUCAAAAAUUGGAUAUAUAUGGUGCGUUGACAGUGACUCCUAUAAGUUCUGGAUACUGCUUGGGUAGUAGUAACUGGCUGAUUUCGUGUGACCAUGAAAAGGUCGCGUUUGUAAGCGGAUCCUCCACACUAACGACGCAUCCGCGACCAAUGGAACAGGCCACGUUGAAGCAUGCUAAUGUGUUAAUACUGACUGGUUUAACCCAGACACCGACAGCCAAUCCAGAUACCAUGCUCGGAGAACUGUGUAUGACCGUUGCAAUGACUGUCAGAACUGGUGGAUGCGUUCUGAUACCGUGUUACCCCUCUGGAGUUGUAUACGAUUUAUUUGAGUGCCUCAGCACCCACUUGGACAAGACUGGCUUUUCUCAAGUUCCUCUAUUUUUCAUUUCACCAGUGGCCGAAACUUCACUGGCAUAUUCAAACAUCUUAGCUGAAUGGUUGUCGACCAAUAAACAGAAUAAGGUGUAUCUGCCCGAGGAGCCGUUCCCGCACGCUUUUCUCGUUAAGAAUGCUAGAUUGAAACAUUACACGUCCACGUAUGCCGAAGGAUUCAGUUCUGACUAUAGACAGCCUUGCGUCGUCUUCUGUGGUCAUCCUAGUCUCAGAUUCGGGGACGCAGUUCAUUUUGUUCAGUUGUGGGGAAACAAUCCGCAACAUACCAUCAUUUUCACAGAACCGGAUUUUCCUUACUUGGAUGCAUUGGCACCGUUUCAACCGCUAGCCAUGAAAGCGGUGCAUUGUCCGAUUGAUACGUCCCUUAACUUUACUCAAGCUAACAAAUUAAUUAGGGACUUGAAGCCGGAACAUUUGGUCGUUCCCGAGUGUUAUACUCAGCCACCGUUAACUGCACCACAUAGGACGGAUCUAGUCAUAGAGCCAGUGGGAGAAAAACCCUUGAUCACUUUCAAACGAGGCGAAGUUAUAAAAUUGCCGUUAAAGAGGAAAAAGGGCCGCGUAUUCAUUGAACCAGAGUUGGCGGGAAAUAUUAUUCCAAGCGAAAUCCGGCCUGGUUUAAGUCUCGCUUCCGUUACGGGCGAAUUGGAAGUUAAGGACAAUGUAUACACGAUAAAAAGUAUCGAAGAUAGGGCUAGUGGGAAGCGUAAAGCGUCAUCAGGUUCACCUGCACCUAUUAAAGAGGAGGUACUUAAAGAGAGGAAACAUGAAUACGGUAAUUUAGAUCCACAGGAAUUGCUUCAAAAACUUAAUCAAGAAGGGAUUCAAGGAGCUAAGUUACAACACACACCGACAGCUACUAGUAUUCACUUGCAAGACGAAGAUACUUUGAUUCAGAUAGGGGACAAUUCGACGCACAUCUUUUGUAACGGCGAUCAGAAGAUUCGAAGGCGACUCAGGACCAUCAUAAUGCAGUGCCUCAAGAGAUUUUAGGGUAGAGAAAUGCCAUAUUUUUGUACAUCGUGACAAUUGUAUUGUAAUUUAUUUCUUAACAUAGGUACAAUUUUUUUUCUUUACGUAGUACACAGGAGAAUAUUUAUUGUAGUACUUCUCGAAUAAGCGGCGUGUAUUUCAGUGCUUCCAACAGGUUUGUACAUGUAGAGAACACAAGACUUGAAAUAUUACAAAGUAAUAUUUAAAAAGUACGAAACUUCAAUUAAUUAGAAUUUCGCACUUUUUGUUAUACGAUCUGGUAAUCAAGUGUUACAUUCUGUACAUAAAUUACGUUCGUACACUGAACUAUACAUAAUAUGUACAAAUACAACUAUUGUGGGAGUGGCAGUAUUA